GCAGCUUCCGGUAGGGUGUGUUCUCAGUAGCGGAGUGUCCGACCGGGACUAAAAACAAACAAAAUCCGUUUUUUAAACUUUCUUUCUCCAGACGGCCAAGCCUCGUCAACAGCAAAGUGGUGUAGGUACCCUCCCGGAGUCAGGACACGUUGUUAACCCCUCUAAAAUGUCCAAGUCUUUGAAGAAGAUAGUGGAGGAGUCCCGGGACAAGAACCUCCCUGAAGUGGAGAUGUGCGACAGAGGCAUUUCCAACAUGCUGGACAUUCCUGGACUGUUCACAUUGUCCAACAUCACUCAGCUGGUCCUCAGCCACAACAAACUCACAGCGGUGCCUGCUAACAUCUCUGAGCUGAAGAACUUGGAGGUUCUCAACAUGUUUAACAACCAGAUUGAGGAACUUCCUACUCAGAUCAGCAGCCUGCAGAAACUCAAACACCUCAAUCUUGGAAUGAACCGUAUGAGCACCUUGCCAAGGGGGUUUGGUUCACUGCCGGCACUGGAGGUGUUGGACCUCACCUACAAUAAUCUGAACCAGAACUCUCUGCCAGGAAACUUCUUCUACCUCACUACUCUGCGUGCUCUCUAUCUGAGUGACAACGACUUUGAGGUUCUGCCUGCCGACAUCGGGAAGCUGACCAAGCUACAGAUAUUGAGUCUGAGGGACAAUGAUCUGAUCUCAUUGCCGAAAGAGAUCGGAGAGUUGGCUCAGCUGAAGGAGCUUCACAUCCAAGGCAACAGACUGACGGUGCUGCCCCCUGAGCUCGGUAACCUCGAUCUGACUGGCCCAAAGCAGGUCUUUAAAGCAGAGAAUAAUCCCUGGGUGACUCCCAUCGCCGACCAGUUCCAGCUUGGUGUCUCCCAUGUCUUUGAGUACGUCCGCUCAGAGACAUACAAGUAUCUCUAUGGUCGGCACAUGCAAGCCAAUCCAGAGCCUCCUAAGAAGAGCAACGACAAGAGCAAGAAGAUUAGCCGCAAGCCUCUAGCUGCCAAGAACAAGUGAUGAGAGCAUGAGGAGGGAGAUGACUGCCCGCUCAGCCAGCCGGACCUCACUGCAUGUGCCUUUUCCCCCCUUUUUCUCUAUUUAUUAAUCACCCAUUUUGUACCAGUUGGCUAUCUAUCAAAGAGUUUAUUGCAAGUCUAUAGUGUUAUAGGAGUGUUGCUUCACUUCCUCUUGUUACCAUAUGCUUUGUUGUUUUCAUGGGGCGCUACACACAAUGUAACCUGUUCAUCUUAUCCAGUGGCCAUCAGUUUUGGCUCCAUCUGCCUCCAGUACUUGGAUAAACAGGUGAUUAAUAAUAACACUUUACUUCAUAUGCAUUGUGACACAUUAGAAAUCCUUUAGACGUAGAGCUACACUUUUAUUAUAAGAAAAUCACCAGACAAACUUUACAUGAAAUAUAUCAUGUCAUUAAAGCUGCACUAUGCAAUGUUCACAUGCUGGUGUCCCCAAACUGCUGAGGAAACCCAGGAGCGUGGGGGCAGCCUUUUUCAAACGUUUUAUGUCACCCUCUUAACAAAAUUCACUCUAUUUCUUUUUCAUUUUUUGGAGAAUUGUCUGGUAAUUGUUGGGUAACUUUUUGCUAAUUUCUUGCUAUUUUUUGGUUAUUUCUCACUAAUUUGCUGAACACCGUUCUUUCCAUUUUUUCGUAAAAAAAAAAACCCAAACAUUUAACACAGGAAAUCUGAUGCUUAAAUGUAUACUUUUAGUAAUUCUAAAUAUAGUUUUGUUGUAAUUUAAAAAAAAAAAAAAAAAAUUGCUAAUUUUCAGGUACGUUUUUAUGUUUUGUUUUUUGCUAAUGUUUGGCGUUUUUUUCCAAAUUUGCUAAUUGCCUUUUCCCAUGUUUUUGAAAGAAAUCAAGUGAAUUUGCUCAGGUUUCAGAGGGAUACGUUUUGAGAAUUUAUAGAAAUCCUGCGAGGUGAUGUCAGUAAACCGCCAAAGCCCUGCCAGUCUCUGAUGCGUAUUACCAAAGAAUACCAAAGGGACACGAGAGGUAACGGAUGUAACGUUGGUGAGUUUAGCUUUCUCUGGACAGAGCGCUCGCUCACUGCUGUUCAAGAGACUUUUCCAUUUCACUGUGAAGUUUGGACUUCCUGUGCGGAGAGGAUUUCCCACCAGUCAACCUUAUGGACACUAGAAUUUAAUUUAGUCAAGUAGGAUGAAUCUACAGCAUCUCAUUUGGUGCACUCUUCUCUGUUACAGCGCCACUUGAUGAUUUGGCUGAUUAGACGCCUGGAGUUUUACAUAAAAUCUUGCAUAAUGCAGCUCUGAAAGUAUUUAGCCUCUUAAAUGUUUGCUCAUUGUGUUUAUCAUAUCUUGCUCUGAUUACAGUAAUUAUCAUGCACUCACAGUUUGCCUCAUCUAUUUACGAUGCCUUACGAGCAGCAGUUCAAGUUAAUUGUCCAGGACCGACAUCCAUCAGAACCAGCAGCCAGUUCACACCAACGUCCAAAAUGUUACAACGGUUGAAAAAGGGGGACAUUGUUGUUUUUCUUUUGACGAAUAACUUUAUUGAAUGUUCAUUGUGCCUUCAUUCAGCUAUCCCCUGUGAUGAUUUUUAACUAAACACAUUUUAGAAAUAAUGGAAAAAAAUCAUUGUCGUAACCUUUUCUACAUUUUGUCCCUUUUUUUUUUUUUUUUUUUUACAUCUGUGCUUGUGUUUAAACAGUUUGUCUGAUGGUCGUCUGCUCCACAGUAUUAAACCAAGCUCCAUUAGAAUAACUCCGCUUCCCCUUCAUGCUGCUCUAACAAGCACCGAGGGCCAGCAGAAGAUUCAACUCUGUCUCACACUCUGUCACACACACACACACACACACACACCAUGAAGCCGUCUCAUGCAGUGUCUGUGUGUACGUGUCUGUGUGUGUGUCUUGUGACCAGGCCGAGUUCUAGGUGGGAUUUGGGAGGGUUAGUUUGGGCUUUGCUCUGUCUAUUGGAUCCUCGCCUCUAGGGGAGGGUUGUAAAGUCACACCCAUGCAUAGACACGCACGCACACGCACGCACACACACACACACACUUUGUUUGGUUCAUUUUUAACUGCCUUGUUUGCCAAAGUAGACAUGCUCAGUCUGCCUUUGUCUGUGGUGUUCAGUAUCCCUGUCUUUGCCCUAUGGCAUUCAGCUUGGCCCAAAAGAUCCAAGAGCUUGUUUAGCAAAAGAGAACAGGUACAUUCCAACAAUAGGACACUGGUGUUCCUCGCAAACUGGCAACUGGGAUAUAAGUGCAGUCUCCUGAACUACAACCCUUCAAAUACAAUUACCACUAGUAGCCCUAAUAGCGAGGAACUGAAUUCAAUUACAGCUCCCAUUACUGUGUUCAUUCCACUGAUGUCUGAGACCAGUGUGUUUGACUCGAUUCAAUUGUUCCACUUUUCUGCACUGCUUUGACUGUCUCUCUCUUAUCUGGGACAAAGCAAAGUAACAGUAGCCUCAAUUCUCGAUUUUCUCCAAGGAGUUAUUUUUAAAAGCCAUGCGAGCUGUCCGUCACAUUUCAGCCUCUUUCAAAAUGAACGAAUGUAAUCCUUUUUGUAAUUGCUCAUGCUUUUAUCAUGUGCCACAGUAUACUGUAAGCUCCAUGUGCUCGCUUUAUUAACCAUUUUUAAUAAAGCAUUCAGUUUUGUUUGGA